CCCACAUCCCACUUCCCACCCCCACCACUCGACCCCAGCCCUUCCCUCCGCGCUCGCCGGCCGACGCCCUGCUUGCUCUCAUCUCCAUCCACCUGUCUUUCUCCUGCUACUGCCAGACAUCGAUGGCGACGCCACCGCAGAAGCAGCAGGUGUCGGUGCAGCACGUGGGCAGGGCGUCCUCGGACGAGCUCCUCCGCAAGUUCGCGGACCCGGACGCGCGCCGGCCCGCCGUCACCCCACCGCGCCGCAGCCUCGCGCUGCGCCGCAAGCGCUCGUCCCGCCGCGUGGCGUCGGGGCUCUCCGCGCGGGACUCCGACGCGUCCGCGGCGGCCACGGGCUUCACGGGGGCGGAGCUGGCGCCCCCCAAGCGGCGGCGGAGCAUCGGCGGGUCCACCGACUGGAGGGCCGGCCUGCUCCUGCCGACCUCCACUCCCGCCGCCUCCGCGAGGAAGGCCCAAGCACGCCGCGCGCGCGCCGACGACGCCGCGGGCAUCGGCCUCCUCCUCGCCGCGCUGGAGCGGACGUGGAGGAAGACGGUGGCGGGGGCGUCCAAGAUGUUCGUGGAGAGGCACCGGACCAACCACGUCAUGCUCAUCAGCGACAUGGUCUGAGCACACAUGCCCGGCCACGCAAGCUGGCUGGCACUUCCUCUCUCGUCGAGCUCUCUGCUCGGGUUGAUUGCUGAAAAGUUUAAUUCGUUGUUGGGUUGAGCAUUCGUUUUAGAAUCAGGUAGCAGAAUAAAUUAGCAGAGAAGAAUGAGGGUUCAACUUUGCUAACUUUAGUAUGCAGUGCAGAUUCCUCAUUCCCUGCCACUUGCCAGUGUGAUUUCCAUGUGUUCGUUUGUGAUUUUUUUUCUCUCUGAUGAUGACGAGUCAUUGUGUCUGCGACGACGUUGUAAAUUGAAGUUUGCAAACUACGUUACCAGUACUGUGUUGUGCCAAGAAAUGGAUUUACACCAUUCAGUGUGCUCUUUUAUA